CUCUCUGGCCUGAUAAUUGGCUGUGGUUGUGGUGGGCGGGGCUGGAUGCAGCACGCACGGAAGUGUUGUGUGUCAGAGAGCUCCUUGCUGAGUAAGUGAGAGAGACAGAGAGGUCCAUGGACGACUGCCUUUGGCAUGAAAGCAAUGGUCCCGGCAUUUCUCCCCCUCCCCCAGUAAACUCCUGUACACUUUCUCCCAGUACAGCAUACUCCACAGAUAACUUUACAUUUCCACACUCAAAUGUAAUGUGACCGGAAGAACAUACAUUACUUCUGAUGUCAGAAGAAUUUUAGAAGCCAUACAAAGCAUGUUACAGACAUGUUGGGUUUGAAGGAACAGACAAUCUCCAUUUUCUUCCUUGCCUGAUGUAUAUUGAUGCAGCCUGUUAAAUUUACUAUUAGCCAUUCCUUACAUACCGCGUCCUACUUCUCAUCUAUAGAGCCUGGUACUGCUUAUUGCAAUCGUUCUUUAUUAUGCUUAACCAUGUGUAAAAUAUCACCCUAGUCCCAGCAAGCGCAGCCCUGUGUUUUAUGACGCCGGCACUCUUGCCAAGAUUAGAGAUUUAGGACACGAAUUGCCAGGCAGCUAUUGUGCCACUGUGAUUACUACCCAUCCUCCAUCAUGUCUAAUGGAUCAUCACCCCCUCUGCUGCUAUGGAUGGAAGACAUGUUUAUACUGACCUUUCUGCGGGCACGGAGACUACUUCUGCAGACUGGAAUAUUGUUUUGCAUCCUGCUCUUGCUUCUCUGGGUGUCUGUGUUUUUAUAUGGCAGCUUCUACUAUUCCUAUAUGCCAACUGUGAAAUACUCCAGCCCAGUGCACUACCAGUAUAGCUCCGAUUGUGAUUCGCCACCGGGAAUCGUGUGCUCAUUCCCAACAGCCAAUGUGUCUCUUCUGAGAAAUAAUCGUGAUCGGGUGCUGAUGUAUGGACAGCCUUACCGCAUUACUCUGGAGCUCCAUCUCCCAGAGUCCACUGUUAAUCAGGAUCUUGGGAUGUUCAUGAUCUCUAUAUCAUGUUACACUCGAGGGGGGAAACAGAUUGCCUACAAUGCUCGAUCAGCAAUGUUGUACUACAAAUCUCCUCUCCUGAGGACACUAGAGACUCUGACCACAUUUCCAUUAUUGCUGUCCGGUAUGUCGGAACAGAAGCAAUCUGUUGAAGUGGAGCUGUACUCUGAGUAUCGGGAGGAUUCGUAUGUCCCGACCACAGGGGCAGUGAUACAAAUACAGAGUGUCCGCUUACAGAUAUACAGUGCAGAGCUCCGCGUCCAUGCACACUUUACUGGACUCAGGUACCUGUUGUAUAAUUUCCCGGUCAUGUCUGCUGUAAUUGGCAUUUCCAGCAACUUCAUCUUUAUGAGCAUCUUGGUUUUGCUCAGCUAUCUCCAGUGGGGUUUUCGGAGAUCUCAUGUGAGGGCUGACCCAGGGCUAAGCGGCACUGAAACUGGUACAACAGAGAUUCAAGGACAAAGAUCCAUUGAGACAGAUGAAGAUAGUCCACUAGACGCAGAGACUCUUGGGCAUGGUGAAGAUGGAGAAAGAGAUACCGAUGGGUCUUCCCAGGCAGCUGAGGUCCCUGAAGAGUGUGAAGAAAAGUCUUCCCUUGUGGAUACAGAAGACUCUGGAGCUAUGGGUGCUCGGAGCGAGCUGCCCACUGAAAGUUUUGCCCUUCGUCACAGGAGUGCACUGAGUAGUGGGUACUGACCAAUAAAGUUUGGACUUUGGCAUUCACCCUAUACCCUUUCAGAGGGCUGAUGGUGCUGAUGGUGCUGGUAUAGCUAAGUGGAUAUUAAAUUAUAAUGCAAACUGCCCGUAGGUGCGAGAUGCUGGCAAGAAGAGCUAGCCAAUUAAUUCUUUUUUAGAAUGAUGGUGGCACGUACAUGCAUGCACAUAUCAGCGGAGCAUGUUUAUGCACCGAGUAGAUGCCUGCAAUGUCGUCUUUAGCACGGAGAAAUUAUGAUUUUUACGGAGACUGGAUAGCUGGCCAUGCAGACUUCCCAUAGAUAACAUUGUCCAGAUGUAAACCGUUGCAUGAGAUGACAUUUAUCCUAUGUCAUGGGUGCUCAACCUGUGGCCCACCAGCUGUUGCAGAACUACAAGUCCCAUGAAGCACUGCAAGUUGCUGACAGUUCUAAGCAUGACUCCCAAAGACAGAGGCAUGGGGGGACUUGUAGUUUCGCAACAGCUGGAGGGCAAAAGGUUAAGCAUCCAUGUCCUAUGUCUAAGGGGCAGCUUUAUAUAUGCUAUGUAUUUACACCUAUUGUUGAACUGCAACACUCUCAUGUUAUCUAAACUACUGAGAACAACCAGCUCUCCCUCUAUUGAAACAUAACACAGAGAGGAGGAUCUUUACUGCUUUAGGCUGCAUUCACACCUGAGCGUUUUGUCGCCUGAAGCGCGACGCCCCAAAACGCUAGAGG